UGUUCUUUCCUUGCCCCGCUAAUGUUUUUCCCACUUUGUGUGGUGGGCUCCUGUGGACCCCACCUCCGUAUGUCUGCUUUUUAAUUUUCCCCUCUCCUCCGCGCUCCUCGAGAAGCCUCCCAGUCCCCGGCCCAGCCCUCCACCGCUUUCUCCCCAUUACGGCCCUACCCUCCUCCUUUCUUUUAAAAAGCCCACGGCUCCCCAACCCUCAAACCCUUCCCCCCCUCCUCUCUCUCUCUCUCUCUCUCAAAGUACCGUCUCCAAGCUGCUGUUCGCUGCCAGCACAUACACUGACCCUCCAUUGCCAACGCCUCUCUCUAGGCCUGGGUGCUGUCAUGUGAGCCAAAAAAACAAGCAGCUAGAAAUAUUUUCCGAGUCCAGAGAAGGUAAAAAGAGAGAGAGAUUAGUGGGUGGAGAAAGAGAGAGGGAGGGAGGGGAGAAUGGCUUACAUGUGCGCGGACAGUGGCAACCUGAUGGCCAUCGCCCAGCAAGUCAUCCAGCAGAAGCAGCAGCAACAGCAGCAACGGCAGCAGCAACAGCAGAACGUCGCCGCUUCCGUUAACCCCCCGCCGUGGGGACCCCACCACCACCCUCCCAUCCCCGAACAUUUCCCCUUCGUCCUCCCCGACUCCGCCACCUUCCCCGACCCCUUCGCCUCCGACUCCGGCCCCGGUUCGGUCCUCGGCUUCAAUCCCCCGGUCCACCUCGACCAUGGCCCCUUCCGGCUCUCCGACUUUGGCUCCUCCGCCUCCGCUGCCGCUGCCAUGGCGGGGGACUUCGACUCGGACGAGUGGAUGGAUAGCUUGAUCGGGGAGUCGCCGGCGGAGAGCUCCGAUCUGAUGAGCGACGCCUGGCAGGGAGGUGGGGCGGCCGUCGCGGCGCCGGAGCUCCCGUCGUUGUUCGCCGACACCUUCGCCGCCUGCUCCGCCGCCAUCAGCGUCCCCUCGCCCGCCUCCACCUCCGAUCUCAACCGCGUCGUCUUCUCCGACCCGGUCAACAUCUCUCCCCUGCCUCCGGCUCACCACCACGCGAUAGCCGUUCCGAAGCCAAAUCCACCGGUUCCACCGCAGCAGCAGGUACAGGUCCAAGCCUUGUCCUUCGAUCCGCCCCCGCCGGACCAACCGAAGAGCGAUGCCGUAUUCCGAGAUCCGGCGGCCGCGGAGAGCGACCCCCCUUCGCCAUCCCCGUCGCUGCUCGAAGCCCUCCUCGAUUGCGCCCGGAUCGCCGACUCCGAACCGGAUCUGGCGGCCAAAUCCCUCGUCAAGAUCCGGGAAUCGGCGUCCGACUUCGGCGAUCCGACGGAACGGGUCGCCUUCUACUUCGCCGAGGCCCUCUGCAGCCGCCUCUCGGCCGCCGCCGGAGGUGCUCAUCAGAAGGAUCACUCCCCUCCUCCGCCCUCGUCGUCGUACGAUUCCUCGCCGGAGGACUUCACCCUGUGCUACAAAGCCCUCAACGACGCGUGUCCCUACUCCAAGUUUGCCCACCUCACCGCGAACCAGGCGAUCCUAGAGGCCACCGAGUCGGCGUCCCGGAUCCACAUCAUCGACUUCGGGAUCGUCCAGGGAGUUCAGUGGGCGGCGCUCCUCCAGGCCCUCGCCACCCGCCCCGCUGGAAAGCCGGCCAAGAUUCGGGUCUCCGGUAUCCCCGCCCUGGCGCUCGGCGACUCCCCUGCGGCCUCUCUCGCCGCCACCGGCAACCGCCUCCGCCACUUCGCCUCCCUCCUCGACCUGGACUUCGAGUUCGAGGCGGUCCUCACCCCGAUCCCGGAGCUGACCGAGUCGACGUUCCGGGUCGAGCCCGGCGAGUCGGUGGCGGUCAACUUCAUGCUCCAGCUCUACACCCUGUUGGGCGAGUCGACCGAGCCGGUCGAGCGAGUACUCCGGCUCGCGAAGUCGCUCGGACCGGCCGUGGUGACGCUGGGGGAGUACGAAGCGAGCCUGAACCGGUCUGGAUUCGCGGACCGGUUCGGGACGGCGCUGGCGUACUACGCGGCGGUGUUCGAUUCGCUCGAGCCGGCUAUGAACCGGGAAUCGGUGGAGCGGGUCCGGGUGGAGCGGCUCCUGUUGGGUCGUCGAAUCCGGGCGGCGGUGGGGCUUGGUGAGGGCGCGAAGCGGAGGGAUAGGAUGGAGGGGAAGGAGGAAUGGACGGCCAUGAUGGGACGGUGCGGGCUGGUGCCGGUGGCGUUGAGCAACUACGCGGUGAGCCAAGCGGAGCUUCUCCUCUGGAAUUAUAACUACAGCUCCAAGUACACGCUCUUGCAUUCCCCGCCGGGGAUCCUCUCACUCGCCUGGGCGGACCGCCCCCUCCUCACGGUUUCCUCGUGGCGCUGAUAUCGAUGAAGAAGUCGAAAUUGAAGUGGGGGAUUUUAGAGAGAGGAAUGUUUUUUCUGUUGUUCCCAAAAUCUCCACUCUUAUGUUCUUCUUUCUUUUUUUGUUCAAUUGUAGUAUUGAUAUAUGUGAGAAAGUUAGGGUUGGUAGUGGGGGCAUUAUGGGAAGCCACCACUUACCAUUUGUGGACUCAUUGUUUGGUGUGCCGAGGAGCUAAUUGCGUGCUGAUUUAGACUUGCUGUUUUGGGGGUUUUAGUGGUAUAAUGUGAAAGGUUAUAGCAGUUCUGAUUGUAAAGAAGAAGAGAGACGUUACAUCUAUUACGAGUAGCCUUUUUGA